AUGAAUCUUAAAAAGCAUUCUUUGGAUGAUGAUGACGAUGAUUCAAGUGAUGAUGAAAAUUAUAAAGAUUUUAGAUCGGGGAAAAGGAUCAAGUUAGACUCUUUGUUGGAAGACUUAAGUUUGAAUCAUAGUAAUAAAUCAACUCAUCCAUUCAUAGAUAACAAGGAUAAAGAUAAAGAUAAAGAUAAAGAUAAACCAAAGAGAGAUUACAUUAUACCCAAAUAUAGUGGUGGGGUUUUCAAAAAACCAAAUGCUCCUCAAUCAUAUUCAUCAUCUCAAUUGGAUUCAUUUAUAAAUGAAAGAAUAGUAGAUCAUUUUCAAAAUAUAAUAACCUCAUCAUUGAAAUUGAUUCAUUGGUAUAAUUAUAAGUUUUUAAUAGUAUUCAGACUUCAAAAAUGGUUUGUAAAAUUGUUUAAUCGAUUUGUUAGAAAAUAUAAUCAGAAGAAUAACUUAUCAAUUAGACCUUUCAAGACUUAUGAUCAAAUAAUAGCAUUAAUUCAUGAUAAAUUUAUAACUUGGAAUGAUUUAGGAAAUAUCAUAGAUGAAGAAAAUAAAUUGGAAAUGAAAAGGUUAGCCCAAAAGGAAAAGAAUCGGAAGUCAGAGAAAGACCAAGAAGAUUUGAAAAAGGAAUCUGAAACGUUCAAAGAUUUGGGAUAUGACUAUUGGGAUAAUUUGAAAUUUGAUAAGGAUUUGGACAUGCUAGAUGCUGAUGAUGAUGAUUUGAGUAAAGAUGAACCAAAGGUUGUUGAAUUAGGAGCGAUUUCUGAUGAUGAUGAUAAUGAUAACGAUAUACAAAUGAGUGAUGAAACCCCGACUAGUUUUGGCACUGACGCAAAUUAUGGUUCUUAUUAUCAUCGAGAUUGA